UAGAGAUAAAAUUUUCAAAACUAUUUCUAAGAAGAAAAAUUUUGUUGUUGUUGUUGUUGGUGCAAUAAUAGUUUUUAAGUUUUUCGUUGUUGAAAGUUAUCCUUGGGAAACGGACGGUUCUAUUUCUUUCAAGGAUAAAAUAUCGAAGUGCUAAGAAUUAAAUUCUUCGAAAACCCAAAAAAUAAAGAAAGAUAGAAGAAAUAUGGGGACAUUUUGCUAUGAUCAUUACGAGCAUCCACUUUUGUGGUGCGAGGAGAAGAAAAGAUUAAUGGAACGAAAAAAUGCCGAAGAAAGUAUGCGUAUGUGGCGACGCAAAAAGGCCGAAGAAAUGGCAAGAACCGAAAAGGACAAACAGGAGUACUAUGAUAUGUUUGUCAAACAUUGUCCUUGGGGUCGACCCGGUGGUGGAGCACCCAACGUUGAUGUACGCAGAAGGGACAUUUCCUCAAUCGGAUUGCAUUCAACUCCAUCUAUUAGCGCAAUGCACCUCAACCGAAGCUCUUCUGUAUUGCUGCCCUGCCGUCGCUAUAGCAAUUACUUUUCGCCAGGAAAACGAAGAAAAUGUCACGGUAUGACCGUGACCGAAAUUCCUGACAUCUCCAUCGCCAAUUGUGAGGCGGCAAAAAAAUACGCAAUUAUUGAGCAUACACCCUUGUCGUUGUCGGUGGCGGGGGCAGAUGAAAAGGUUCAUAGAACGCCAGAUGGCUUGCAAAUAACAUUGAAGGAUCAUCCAGCGAUGACAUUUCGAAAUAAAGGUCAUGUGGACAUUGAAGUGUGUUAUAAAUCUCUUCCCAAGGGAAAGCAAACCUUAGACAAGAUAGUUGUUAGCAAAAAGGAUGAAGAGUGUCCUUUGUCGUCGUCGUUGGUCGGAAGAACAAGUAAAAAACUUCGAAACAAACCGAAUGCUGCACAAAACUGGACAAAACCUGCACCAGGUGGCGGCAAGUCUUGUCGAAGUCCAAAGGCAUUGGGGAGUACUUUUAUGAGGUCCUUGGGCUGGACCAAUAAAGAAAUGCUCAAGGAACUGGAUCAGGAUAAUCCAGUGACACCAGCUGAAAAACUUACUUUCAAAAAGCGACCAUCGAAGAAAACUGACAAAUGUUGUACUCUUUGUACUUGUAAGUGUCCCGGAAAAGGAGGUAGCCCAAUAAAGUUGUCUCCAUCCGAACAAAGUCCGAACAAAGACGAUAUAAAAACUCGUAUAAAUCGAAAAGGAAAUAAAAACGAUUCGAAAGUAACGAUAUGCCCUCGUUUUUCCCGCCAUUGUACAGUGGCUGCAGGUCCUCAUGAUGGGGGUGGUGUGGAACUUGUUCCACUUCUGGCACGUCGACGAGCUGAAAUCCGUCCAAUUAGCCUAUCUAGUACGGAUGUUACGAAACGGACAUCAUCCGAUAAUAGAUGGACGGACAGUACUGAUCUACAAUAUUUGAGUGAUUUGAAUAAACAAAUGUCACAAAAACGUCGCACCGUUUCAAUGUCUCAACAGCUCGAAAAAGAUUUGUGCAGCAAACAUUUUGAAACAUUUGAUACAUUUUGGGGAAGGCCAGGACAUGGUGCUCCAACUAAUAUAAGGGCUAAGUUAAAAUUGGACGAUUUGCUUUAUGGUGUGCAAAGUUGUACUGAGUAAAGCAAAUUCGGUGCAAUUCUAGGAGAAUCAUCAAAACGAUAUAAUAUUGCAACUACAGUGGUACA